AGAGCACGACUUUGUUUCCCGAAUCUAACACAUAAAGGCGCAUUCACCGCACGAAAAUCUCGAAUCCACCUCACUCUCUUAAUUCUCCCAUAGUCCCAUGCCAGAUCUCUGAUUUUCUCUUAACACCUUAAGAUUUUGACAAAUCCCCAUCUCGUGAAAAAUAGGCAAAGGUGAAAUUGAAAACACUCCCACUAUUUCACUUCGUUAGAACCCAAGAUCUCAAAUCAGUUGUCUUGCACAUGUUCGUAAAUCUCUGCUGCUGACCCAGUCUGAUCCCACUGGAAAAUUUUCGGAAUUUUUGUUCCUCUUUUGGCAGGAGAUUGAUUUGAAUUGAGUUGAGGAGUAGAAAUGGCGGGGGGUGCGGCAGGAGGGUUUGUGACGCGGGCAUUUGAGUCGAUGCUCAAAGAGUGUGCUAUCAGGAAAUACACUGCUCUCCAGUCCGCCAUUCAGGCUUAUUUUGAUAGUGGAAAGGACUCCAAUCAGCAGUUGGACAUUGGUGAGGUUAAGGAAGCUUUCUCCGCAGCUUCAUAUGAAAGUAGUUCAGCUGAGCCUGAUGUUGGGGCUGAAAGAACUGAGAUUGGAGCUGAUUCUUCCAUGAGUGCUUCAUCUGCAGCUGAGGAUGUAGAACCUAUGGGCAGGCCUACAAGCAGUAGUGACUCCAUCAUGGUGGUCUUGGCUAAUGCAGGCCAUACCUUAGGGGGGGCUGAGGCUGAGCUUGUCCUGAACCCACUUAGGCUUGCCUUCGGAACAAAAAACGUAAAAGUUGUGGAGCUUGCAUUGGAUUGUCUUCAUAAACUCAUUGAAUAUAAUCACCUGGAGGGUGAUCCUGGUCUUGAUGGUGGUAAAAAUGCACAAUUAUUUACAGACAUCCUCAACAUGGUAUGCAGUUCUGUGGAUAAUUCAUCACCUGACAGUACUACUCUUCAAGUAUUGAAAGUGCUUCUUACUGCCGUAGCAUCGACAAAGAUGCGAGUUCAUGGUGAACCUUUGCUGGGAGUCAUCAGGGUGUGCUAUAAUAUUGCUCUCAAUAGCAAGAGUCCUAUAAACCAAGCAACGGCAAAGGCCAUGCUAACACAAAUGCUCAGCAUCAUUUUUAGACGGAUGGAGACAGAUGUGGUUCGUUCCAGUUCUCUUCAGCCAGCAGAAGCUUAUUCAGAGGAUGGGUCAAAUCCAAUGAUUGAAGAAGUGUCAUCCAGUGAUCAUAAUGAGCCAAGUAUGACUUUGGGUGAAGCACUAUCUGUGAAACAAAUAAAUAAUGCAUCUCCUGCUUCUGUUAAAGAAAUCCAGAGUCUUGUGGGUGGCACUGAUAUAAAGGGUUUAGAGGCUGUUCUCGAGAAGGCUGUGAAUCUUGAAGAUGGUGGAAAAGCCGCAAGAGGGAUGGGCCUAGAGAGCAUGAGUGUUGGACAACGUGAUGCUUUACUUCUUUUCCGUACACUUUGUAAGAUGGGUAUGAAGGAGGAUAACGAUGAAUUUACUACGAAAACACGCAUUCUAUCUCUUGAGCUUCUUCAGGGUUUAGUGGAAGGCGUUGGUUACUCAUUUGCAAAGAAUUUUCAAUUUAUUCACUCGAUAGAAGCUCAUCUUUCAUAUACAUUAUUACGAGCAUCAGUGUCGCAGUCUCCCGCUAUAUUUCAGUAUGCAACAGGAAUUUUUGCAGCACUUUUGUUGCAGUUUAGGGAAAGUCUUAAGGCUGAAAUUGGAGUGUUCUUUCCUGUGAUUAUUUUAAGAUCUUUGGAUGGCUCAGACCUUAACCAAAAAUUAAGUGUUCUUCGGAUGCUGGAGAAAGUAUGCAAGGAUCCUCAGAUGCUUGUUGACCUCUAUGUGAACUAUGAUUGUGAUCUUGAAUCACCAAACUUGUUUGAAAGAAUGGUUGCCACUUUAUCCAAACUUGCUCAAGGUACUCAAAAUGUGGAUCCAAAGUCUGCUACCACAUCCCAAACAGGAGCAAUUAAAACGUCAUCUCUUCAGGGUCUUGUGAAUGUGCUUAAAUCAUUAGUGCUUUGGGAGAAGUCUCAUAGAGAAUCAGAAAAACAAAAUACGGGCAAGGAAUCCAUUGAGGAAGAAGUUUCGCCUAGAGAAUCCGACGAAUCAAAAAGUAGGGAAGGUUCACCAAGCAACUUUGAGAAGUUGAAGGCUCAUAAAUCCACCAUUGAAGCUGUUGUUACUGAGUUCAAUCGGCAGCCAGGAAAGGGCAUACAGCACUUAAUCUCCAGUGGGUUGGUGGAGAAAACUCCGGCUGCAGUUGCUCAGUUUCUGCGAAAUACUCCAAAUUUAGACAAGGCUAUGCUUGGGGACUACUUAGGCCAGCAUGAGGAGUUCCCCCUUACUGUUAUGCAUGCAUAUGUGGAUUCCAUGAACUUUUCUGGGAUGAAGUUUGACAAUGCAAUCCGUGAAUUCCUUAAAGGAUUUCGACUUCCAGGGGAAGCUCAGAAGAUAGAUCGGAUAAUGGAAAAGUUUGCAGAGCGUUACUGUGCAGAUAAUCCUGGUCUAUUCAAGAAUGCAGAUACGGCGUAUGUCCUUGCUUAUGCUGUUAUAAUGUUGAAUACUGAUGCUCAUAAUCCAACAGUGUGGCCAAAAAUGUCAAAAAGUGAUUUUGUACGCAUAAACAAAAUGAAUGAUGCUGAAGAAUCCGCUCCUAAGGAACUCUUGGAGGAGAUAUAUGAUUCAAUUGUUAAGGAGGAGAUAAAGAUGAAGGAUGAUCCUGCUGGAAUUUUGAAAAACAGUAAGCAAAAGCCAGGAGUUGAGGAGGGGGGUCUUAUAAAUAUUCUCAAUCUGGCUCUUCCAAGAAGGAGCUCUUCAACUGAGCCCAAGCCUGAGAACGAGGCAAUUCUCAAGCAAAUUCAGGCCAUAAUUAAGGAUCAAGGGGGAAAAAGGGGGAUCUUUUACACUUCACAUAGGAUUGAACUCGUACGUCUCAUGGUUGAAGCUGUAGGGUGGCCGUUACUGGCUACUUUUUCUGUUACCAUGGGUGAACUAGAUAGCAAGCCCAGGAUUGGUCUUUGUAUGGAAGGCUUCAAAGAAGGUAUACACAUAACACAUGUUCUUGGAAUGGACACCAUGCGCUAUGCCUUUUUGACAUCUUUGAUAAGGUAUAAUUUCUUGCAUGCACCAAGAGAUAUGCGUGGAAAAAAUGUAGAGGCACUACGUACUUUACUAACUUUAUGUGAUACUGAGAUAUAUGCCUUUCAAGACUCUUGGUUUGCCAUUCUGGAAUGUAUUUCCCGCCUAGAAUAUGCGGUGUCAUGGCCUGCUAUGAGUGCAACCGUUAUGCAAGGAUCAAAUCAAAUCUCUAGAGAUGCUAUUCUUCAAUCUCUGAGAGAGCUGGCUGGGAAGCCUACUGAACAAGUAUUUGUGAAUAGCAUCAAGUUGCCCAGUGAAACAGUGGUGGAAUUUUUUACUGCUUUGUGCAGUGUGUCAGCUGAGGAAUUAAAACAGAUUCCAGCUCGUGUUUUUAGCUUGCAGAAGGUUGUUGAAAUAAGCUAUUACAAUAUGGCUCGCAUAAGGAUGGUUUGGGCUAGAAUAUGGUCAGUCUUGGCCCAUCAUUUUAUUUUUGCUGGGAGCCAUCCUGAUGAAAAAGUUGCAAUGUAUGCCAUAGAUUCUCUACGACAACUUGCUAUAAAAUAUUUGGAGCGUGCUGAACUUGCAAACUUCACUUUCCAGAAUGAUAUUUUGAAACCAUUCGUUGUUCUCAUUCGGAGCAGCAGAAGUGAUUCUAUACGGAGGCUUAUAGUGGAUUGCAUCGUGCAAAUGAUAAAAUCUAAAGUUGGAAGCAUAAAGUCUGGUUGGCGGAGCGUGUUCAUGAUUUUCACUGCUGCUGCAGAUGAUGACUCGGAACCGAUAGUUGAAAGUGCAUUUGAGAAUGUGGAACAGGUUGUCUUGGAACACUUUGAUCAGGUCGUUGGUGAUUGCUUUAUGGAUUGUGUCAACUGUCUGAUUGGAUUUGCAAAUAAUAAAAGUUCUCACCGCAUAAGUUUGAAGGCCAUUGCUCUGCUCCGCGUAUGUGAGGACCGUCUUGCUGAGGGUCUUAUACCAGGUGGUGCUCUGAAACCUAUUGACACCACAGUUGAUGAAACUUGUGAUGUUACUGAGCAUUAUUGGUUUCCUAUGCUGGCUGGUCUUUCUGAUCUGACUUCUGAUCCAAGGGCAGAGGUCAGAAACUGUGCACUUGAGGUUUUGUUUGAUUUGCUGAAUGAGAGAGGCAGCAAGUUCUCAACUUCAUUUUGGGAGAAUAUUUUCCAACGGGUCCUGUUCCCUAUUUUCGAUACUGUGAGACAUGCUGGAAAAGAGCAUUUUAUGUCUUCUGGGGAUCAAUGGCUUCGUGAAAGCAGCGUUCAUUCACUACAAUUAUUAUGCAACCUGUUUAACACUUUUUACAAGGAUGUGUGUUUUAUGCUGCCUCAGCUACUCAGUUUAUUGCUGGAUUGUGCCAAGAAAACAGAUCAAUCAGUAGUUUCAAUAUCGUUGGGUGCAUUAGUGCAUCUUAUUGACGUUGGAGGACACCAGUUCAGUGAUGAAGACUGGGAUACUUUGUUGAAAAGUAUAAGGGAUGCAUCAUACACAACCCAACCCCUUGAGCUUCUCAAUGAUUUGGGUUUUGAUAACACUAAGCACCGUAAAGUGUUGACAAGAGACUUGAACAGCCCUUCACCAGUGGCCGUUGGUCGGGAUUUAUCUUACAAACGUAAUGAUAAUUUCUAUGAAAAUGGGAACACAGUGGGAAUAGAUGAGGAUGGAAUUGCACUGCAUCACAAUCAAGAUAUUGAGCGCCCAGUGGAUAUGGAGGGAUCUGAAGGCAUACCUUCACCAUCUGGAAGAACUAUGAGACCUACUGAAGAUGGUGGCGUUCAGCGUAAUCAAACAUUUGGACAAAAGAUAAUGGGAAAUAUGAUGGACAACCUUUUCAUGAGAAGCUUUUCCUCGAAACCAAAGAACCGUACAUCUGAUGUAAUGGUACCAUCUUCUCCAUCCAAGUCUAUUGAUACUGCAAUGGAGCUUGGUUCCAGAGAUGAGGAGGAAAGUCCAAUCUUAGCAACCAUCAGGAGUAAAUGCGUUACACAGUUAUUACUUUUAGGUGCCAUUGAUAGUAUUCAGAAAAAAUACUGGAACAAGUUGAACACACAACAGAAAAUCACCAUUAUGGAAAUUUUGUUCUCUAUCCUUGAGUUUGCUGCCUCGUACAAUUCUUUUGCUAAUCUCAGAUUGCGAAUGCACCAAAUUCCCACUGAAAGACCACCACUGAAUCUCCUGCGUCAGGAGUUGGCUGGAACUUGUAUCUAUCUGGAUAUUCUACAAAAGACAACAUCCACUGUUGAUAUUCACAGAGAGGGAGACAUCAAAGAAGAGAAACUUGAAGGGGUAGCUGAGGAAAAGCUUGUGUCUUUUUGUGAACAGGUGCUAAGAGAAGCAUCUGAUUUUCAAUCUAGCAUCGAAGAGACAAAUAAUAUGGAUAUUCAUCGAGUUCUGGAACUUCGAUCUCCAAUAAUUGUGAAGGUGCUGAAAGGCAUGUGCCAAAUGAAUGCCCGGAUUUUCAGGAACCACCUCAGGAACUUUUAUCCUUUGAUCACGAAACUUGUCUGCUGUGAUCAGAUGGAGGUUCGUGGUGCGCUUACAGACCUUUUCAGGAUGCAGUUGAACACGCUGGUGAAAUAGGAUUCUGGGUUCCAGAUAUGUCACAAAUUUCAUCUUACUCUCAGAUAGAUUUAUCUAAUGCCGAAUUUACUUGGUGAUGCAUUUAGAGAAAGAUAGCUUUUCCCUUCUGUUUUCAUUGUCUUCUCUUUUCAAUAUUCAUUCUUCUUACUUCUACAUUUAUGAAAUUCUGCUGACGAUAUAGAUGUGGAAGAACUGGAAUCAGAUGUGUGUUUACUGCAGUUUCUCAACAAUUUUGACAUCUGUUCUGUAAAAUUUUGUAAAAUGAUGAAACACAAUUUCUACCAUUGGGAGCGAGUAUUAGUUA